AUGUGGUGGGAGUCAGCAAAUCGGGUUUAUGGAAGGACUAGCAAUCCAUUUAACAGGUCCAAAAUAGUUGGGGGUAGCUCUGGAGGAGAGGGUGCUAUCAUUGGAGCAGCUGGAUCAGUAUUCGGCGUGGGAUCAGGUUAAAAUUGUUAUUGCAUUUACUUACUCGCUCAUUAAUUCAUGUCAAUCAGUCAGUCAAUCAAUCAAGCAGGUAAAUUUCUAAAGAACCUGUGGUGCUGCAUCGGUGGGAGAGUAUAACAGGGUAAUUUAGUGUUAUCAAUUGGGUUGAUAAUGUAAAUUGGCCAUCAUAAAGAGUUUCAAAGCUGAUGUUUUGAUUGUUAGCCCUUUGUCUUAGUGUUCUGACCAAUCAGUCUACUAGUCAAGGUAAUUUGGGAUUAUCAACUGAGUUGAUAAUGCAAAUUUUCUACCUUUAAGAGUCAAGAGUUUAGCUUCGAAACUUUUAAAGGUGGUCAAUUUACAUCAUCCACUCAGUUUAUAAUACCAAAUUACCUUGUUAUACCCUCCCACUGACACAACACCACAGCUUCUUUAGAAACCUACCCUCUAUGUCAAUAUGUUAGCCAGUCAAUUAAUUGGCUAGUCAGCCAUUGAGUCAGACAGUCAUUCAGGUAGUCUUUCCUCAUUUGCUCAGUUUUUUGCUACUUAUUUAUUUCUUUUUGUUUUUGUCUCUGCUCGUUCAUUCAUCCAUGGGGCUAUACAUUGAUCAAUCAUUUGGUCAUCCCUUUCCUUUGUUCAUAAACAUACAAAUUCAAACACUUAUCUAAACCAAACUUUACUCAAACAAACUGCAGUCAGUCAAUAAAUUAAACAUUAAUUUGUUCUGCAAUCAAUCUGUUAUCUCUUAUUUUUAAUUAUUAUUCUUGUAGACAUUGGUGGCAGUAUAAGAAUGCCGUCAUUUUUCACUGGAAUAUUUGGACACAAGCCUAGUCCAGACAUUGUACCCAAUGCUGGUCAGUUUCCUGAUGCAUCAGGUAACAGACAGCAGUUCUUGUGCACUGGGCCUAUGUGCCGAUAUGCAGAGGACCUCAAACCUCUUCUGAAGGUAUGCAACUUUUAGAUACUUCACUUAAACACUAUGUUUGAUUAAAUCACUAGUAUAUAUAAAAAAAUUCUUACCUCUGAUUGGCUAAGAGAAAUGCAUUUUCAGGUAACAAAAUGAACGAGAUUUAAUUCAGUGCAGAGAAGGGUAAUUCAGUGCAAACAAGUGAUACAAGAAAAUUUAGUGCAAACUGUUUUGGGGGCUUAGAAAUAUUUUGCAGUAUAAAAAAUUUGUAAAAAGUUAGGAAAUUACACAAGUUUGCAUUUUGAUUUUGUAAAGUCUAGGUGGUCUUUGUUAAAUUUUUUGAGAUACAGGAGGGCAAUGAAGCUACUAUGCUUUGUACAAACUCAUGGCAACCAUACUUGGUUGGGUACAUAUCAAAGAGCUAGUACCAGUCCUCUCUCCCUUCAUGUUGGAACACUCAUCUGGUUAUAAUAAUAUUAUUGUUGUCACUAGUAACUAGGUAGAAGCUUUUAAGGUCUACAUGUUCAGCUGAACAUGUGAUGUCUUAAAUCUCUCUGAUAAGCUAUUCACCAAAAUGCUUGAAGAUUAAAAUCACAUUUUUAACUUUUAGGUUAUGGCAGGAGAUCAAGGAGCAUCAAAAUUGAAUCUUGCAAGGGAUGUAGAUGUUACAAAGCUGAGAUAUUUUAGCAUUGAGGAUUGUGGAGGACACUUUUUGAUAUCAAAUGUUGAUCCUGAACUAAAGCAGGCCCAGCAAUAUGUCUGUCAACAACUUGAGGAAAAACUUGGUGUGGAAGUAGUGAAACUUAAAAUUGAAAAACUUUCAAACUCCCUUGAGAUUUGGUCAUCGAUGAUGUCUUCUGGAGCACAAAAGUCAUUUUGUUAUUACAUGGGUAACCAAGUGUCAGAAGUUAAUCCCUUCUGGGAACUUUUGAAAGCUUGUAUUGGACUCUCUAAUCACACACUUCCUGCAAUUGGUUUGGGCAUGCUGGAAAAAUUUGAAAGUUUAACACCUAAAAGGGUAUCAGAGUCUUUCAUUCAAAUGGCUGAGGAGCUAAGACUGGAACUUGAAGGUAUUCUAGGGGAAGAUGGAGUCUUAAUCUAUCCCUCUCACCCGUCAGUGGCUGUCAACCAUUGCGUUCCCUUGUUAUUUCCUUUUAAUUUCUCAUACACAGCUAUUUUUAAUGUUCUUUAUUUCCCUGUAACUCAGUGUCCUGUUGGGCUGGGAAAGGCAGGCUUACCUCUUGGAAUUCAGGUGGCAGCAGCAAAGGAUAAUGACUGUCUAACCAUUGGUGUUGCCAUGGAGAUUGAGAGGCUAUGUGGUGGUUGGGAUGGGUUAUUUAAACAAAAACAAUCUGGUCUGAACAUUGAUCAAUAA